AUGAAAUUAAAUAUUGUAUUAUUAGUUUUUGUAUUAAUCAGCGCUGCAAUCGUUAGCGCUGUUAAUAUUCCAAUUAACACAAACAAAGAAAAACCAGAACAACAAGGUUUCAAAUUCGACUACUCAAUUUUCCAACAAGAUAAAUUAUCAUCAGCCAACGGUGGUUCUCAUUGCGCUGGUUGCACUAUUGCAUUAACAUUAGUUGAACAAUAUUCAUAUAUCCAUAAUAAAACCAUCGAACAAUCAUUAGAUGAAAUUUGCACUUUCUUCCCAUCAAAUGCUGGUCAAGUUUGUAUUUGGUUAGUCAACACUUAUGGUAAAAGUAUUAUUCAAAAUUUCGAAAAAUAUGAACACGCUGAUGAUGUUUGUCAUGCUAUGAAUAUUUGUACAUCACCAGAAUGCAGAUUAUUCCCAAGCAAUACUCCAACUUAUUCAAACCCAGAACAUAAACACGAAGAAUAUGAUGCUUCAAAUCCAAAGGUUUCAGCUGAUCCAUGGAGCUGGAUUCAAAACUUAAUUAAUCUUUUCUCAUCAAAACAUUUACCAAUUGAAGAUAUUGAUAAUGAUAAAUAUUCAAUGGAAUCAACAUUCAGAGGUUACAGUUGGAGAGGUAAAGAUUGUAAUGAUCUUAGAAGUGAUAUUCAUCCAGGUAUUAAUGAAGAAACUACAACUGAUCCAUCCAUCGAUUGGAAUUGUAAUGGUAUCUAUGGUGUUAAUAAUAAAUCACAAUCAUACGAAGAUUUAUUCUGUUCAGGAUCAGGCCCAAUGGGUGUCAUUGUUUCAGGUGAUUCAGCAGGUGCUCAUUUCUCCAUUCCACCACAAUGGAUGACCGCCUCACAAAUUAACUCUACUACUUACAAUGGUUUCCUUAGUAUUUUAGAAAACGAAGUCGAUUGGCCAAUGAGAUCAGCUUACACUGGUUGGGAACCAUCCACCGAUACCUACACUGUCGAUUCAAUGUACUUAAGAAUGAGAGAAAGAAACUUUUGCAAUCAUAGAGAUUAUCAAAAUCUUGGUGUCAAUGGUGCUAGCUCUGGUUCAACUGCCACCAAAAUCAUUCAAAGUCUUUCACGUAAUCAACAAACUGAUAACCCAGCUUUAUUCUUCCUCGAGUUAAUCGGUAAUGAUGUUUGCAGUGGUCACCAUACUUAUGAUACUAUGACCACCCCACAAGAAUUCGAAACCAACAUCGUCUCAAUCCUUAACUACCUCGAUACCCAAUUACCAAAAGGUUCACAUGUCGUAUUUGUAGGUUUAGCUGAUGGUAGAGUACUUUGGGAUAGUUUAUGGAAUCGUACCCAUCCACUCGGUGCCACCUAUGAAGAAGUUUACGAUUUCUUAAAUUGUAUUCAAGUUUCACCAUGUUGGGGUUGGAUGAAUCCAAACGAAACCGUUCGUGAUUUCACCAGUACCCGUGCUGCUGAAUUAUCUGCCGUAUACAACCAAAUCAUCAAAAAUUACACUUUCACCAACUUUGAUAUGAUCUAUUACGAUUUCCCAUUCAACGCUAUCAAUGCCCAAUGGGUAGCUCAAGGUGGCCAAACUUGGGAAUUAAUCGAACCAAUCGAUGGUUUCCAUCCAAAUCAAAUUACUAAUUAUUUGAUGGCAAGCUUCUUCUAUAAUUCACUUACCCAAGAUAAACCAGAAUGGUUAGGAAACAUCAAUCCAUUCAAUUCACAAAUUCAAGCUAUUUUCGGUAACCAAGGUGGUUAUGUUUAA